AUGGAGCAUCGUCCGCUCCCCCACCACUCCCCCGCGAUACACGAUUUUCUCUACGAAACAGAUCUCAAUUGGUACUACCGAGCUGUGAUUGCCAAAGAUCUAGACCGGGAGAAGUUCUACGUUGAUUCCCACAAAGCGCAGCUCCGCGACGCUCGACAUAACGUCUCCCGCCGAAAGCCAAGCGAAGCCAACCAGUAUCCCUUCCUCUGCGCGUUCCACUUCACCGGCUGUGAUCAGGAGUUCGCGAAUAAAAGAGACUGGAAGAACCAUGUGGUGUCCCAGCAUUUGAAGCUCGACCGCGUAUUUUGGGAGUGCACUGAAGGCGAUUGCGCACAUUCAAAGCAUCUUCUGGAUCAAUGCGAGUUUCCGCCGGUCAAUUACCCAUCCGACCAGAAUGGGUUUCAGUUAUCGCUGAAUGGCGCCGCUGGGUGCGGGCGUUUCGCGAAUAAACACGACUUUCGAAUCCAUCUUCUCGUUCACCAUCAAUCGACCCAGUCGUACAAGAAUGAGAGCGAUAUAAUAUCCCUUCCCAAUACAGAUGUGCAAUGGCUCGUGGACCGUUCAGACUCGUCGAUACGCAUGGUAUGUGGGCUGCCUCAAGAUCUUGGCUGCCCCAUGCCCCAAUGUGCAUCAGUCCGAUUCACCGGUCCUGCAGCGUGGGAUCAGCGCCUCAACCAUGCUGCUGAACACUUUCUUGCCAACCCACAAUGUCUCGAUGUAUUUGGAGGCGAGAAUGAUGCAGAGCUUGUACAAUGGGCAUCCAGCGACAGGGUCGGCAUCUAUCAAAAGACGCCAAACGCUUGUCUUCAAAAACACGAUUGCAAUAAGUCGGUGGCAGACAGUGGUUACAGCAGCAUGCCUGGUAUGCACCGACAACCAAACAUGUCACAGCACGGCGAUGCGUCCCCUGUGGUGCCCCGUAAGAUACCAGAGUGGACGAACGAUGCCAUGGUCCGUUACCGACCCCUGGAAGAAGAUAUGUACUCAGGUGCAACGACUCGCGGUAUUGGUGACUGGGUUCAAGAUCAUCAAUAUUCAACGCCUCUGAUGGACGAAGAGACAAUUUCCUCCGUGUAUCAAUCUUUUAAAGAAAUUUUCUCGCAAGACGAGUCCACAGGGAACCAUCAUACCCUGGACGCCUCCCAAGAUUUGGACUCUGGUGAUGAGUCGGAUGGAACACCCGAUGGCGGCUCAGAGAGUGUGGCCGUGGAGCAAUGGUUCCAUGGAUGGCUUAGACAAUGGCUAGCACCGUUGACCCAAGAGAGGCCAAACGGAAUUGGGGGUCGUCAAAGUACCACUUCUCAAAGCCAAAACUCGACUUCUACCUACAGCUCCAGCUCAAGUACACAGAGGAAGAAAGGUGCAUCUCAACCUCGACGUGUUCCGAAGCGUAAGCGCGCCAACGACGAUGAUGGCGAGGGCAAUGAGGAGAGGCCCAAAUCCCAACGGACUGAUGGAGGUCCCGAGGUACGAAUGCUUGCCUGUCCGUACUUCAAGCGCAAUCCCCGCAAAUAUGGUCAACCCAAGUGGAAGAGCUGUGCAUAUCCUGGCUACGAUUCCAUGCAUCGAUUGAAGUAA